UUUCUUCCCAAAACAAUCACUUUUCUUUUUUUGGGUAAACAAACACAAAUACAGAUGGUGUAGUUGUUGUUCUUGUGGCCAAGUCAUGCAAAUUCUUCAGUGACCCACAAAGGUACAAAAACAAUCAUCAAAAGCAUGGAAACACAGCCCAUGAACCAUCAUCAUCCUUUCCACUUUUGCUUUCUUGGGUCCUGUGCUGUUUUCACUCUACUUUACAAAUUAAACAAGGAACUGCUAUAACUACAGUAAGCUCCACUACACUCAUUUCUUCCUCCCUCUUCUGCUCACUGGUUCCCUUCAUGCUCUACACUGCUCCUCAUGCUCAAUCAUUUUUGUGGGUUCAGUAGUGCUAGAUAAUAAGACAUGGGUAUUCACUGGUUUCUCAUAGGCCACAAUCUCCUGUGACUUGUUUUUUUGGGGAAAAGAAGAUCAACUACAAUGGUUCCAGCUGUUAAUGUUUGUUUGUUUGUGUGGUUGUGAAGCAAAAGCACUUCAUUCAAGGGAAGAAGAACUAACUUCCUGAAAGAGUGGCACAAAACUUGCCGGGUUAUUCUCUUCUCCUUGACUUGACUCAAACAAAGGCUUGUUCCAUAUCUGCACUCUCUGUGUUUGUGUUUAUGUCUGUGUGAAUCCUUUUCAUCAUCAUUUGCUAAACAUGGCGGAAAUUAGGCUUCCCAGGGUUGAGAAAGGCCAAAAUAAGAUUAGAAAUGUUCCUAUAGCUGUCACCCCAGAAGGGUUUUGGUGUUGCCCUUCUCCUGUUGUGUUUCAGAAGAGCCUUAAUAAGGCUCAAAAUCAUCCUCUGAAUAAAUCUAAACCCUCUUCGCCGCCGCAGAAAACUAGUGUUCCGAAAAGGCCAGUGCAAGUGAGUGAGAGAAGAGCUUCUGCACCUUCCCCAUCAAGAUUACUGCUUUCUGAUGAUCAUGCUGUUUCAGAAAGGCCUCCUCCAGCUAGCACAUCUGAAUCUGUAGAGAGACCUUCGAGGCCGAAAGUUGAAUCUAUGCCGAGGAAGGUGGCUAUUGAGUUUGGUGAGCCUGGAACUUGUGAUUUGAAGGUGGUUUUGUUAGGCAAGCAGGGGUUUUGUGUCAAGUUAAGUGUCCACAAGGAUGUGCUCAAAGAGAAGAGUAGUUUCUUUUCUGAUAAGCUUUCGGAACAGUCGGAGUUGGAGUUGUCGUGUCUCCAAAUUGGUGAUUGUGAGGAUGUGGAGAUAUAUGUUGAAGCUGUUGGUCUGAUGUACUGCAAGGAAAUGAAGCAGCGGCUUAUGAAGCAAAAUGUUUCUCGCAUUCUUCGGAUACUCAAGGUUGCAGAAUUCCUUGGCUUCAGCUCAUGCAUCCAAUCAUGUUUGGAGUACUUGGAGGCAGUUCCUUGGGUUGGAGAAGAAGAAGAAGAAAAGGUGGUCUCAACUGUACUCCAACUUCAAGGGGAAGGAAUCGGGGUCAACCCUGUGCUGAAACGAGUUUCUUCUGAUAUUUCCAAUGUCCAAAAAGACACUCUUUCCCACAUUAUUGAACUUGUUCUUAAAAGCAACGAUGAAAGAGGUCGCCGAGAGAUGAAAUCCAUAGUUCUAAAGCUCCUUAAGGAGAACAACAGUCUUCCAAGUUACACGCGUUCAGCGGACACCUGCAAUGACAUGAUUUAUACAUCAUGCAGAAGCUGCUUGGAUUCAUUAUUGUCUUUGUUCAAGCAGGCUACAGAACCGCCCUCCCCUGACAAACCAAGUGCUGAAAAAGAUGCCCUGGUAAAGCACAUAACUCUUCAAGCUGACAACCUGUCAUGGUUGCUUGAGAUUUUACUUGACAUGCGAGCAGCCGACGAGUUUGCACUGAUGUGGGCAAACCAGCAGGAAUUGGCCGCCCUACAUGCAAAACUGCCCAUCGUAUCGCGCUAUCACGUGAGCUGCAUUUCUGGAAGACUAUAUGUCGGCAUUGGAAAAGGUGAGUUGUUGCCGUCAAAGGACACACGGCAAUUGUUGUUACAGACAUGGCUGCAGCCUCUGAUGAAUGACUACAACUGGUUGCAGCAUGGAUGCAGGUCAUUUGAUAGGAAACUUGUGGAGGAAGGAAUUGGGAGGACAAUUCUCACCUUGCCUUUGGAGGAUCAGCAAAGCAUCUUGCUUUCAUGGAUGGGGAGUUUCUUGAAAACUGGUGAUAGCUGUCCCAAUCUCAAGAGAGCUUUUGAGGUGUGGUGGCGGAGAACUUUCAUUAGACCAUAUGUGGAAAAUCAAGGGAAUGCCAUGCCAGAAAUGUUGCUGUCAAAGGAGCAUGAAUAAAAAAGUAUCAAGUGAGAUUCUAAAGUUUCAUUCAGUGGUAGUGGAGUUUCACUUUAUAUUAACGAGUUUAAGGAGUUGUAGUGGUAGUGCGUGCCUGGAAAGCCUUCUACAAUUGAUUCUAAAGUCAAAAUCAAUUAUGGGGAGAAGUUUCUGUGUGUCAGAAUUGAUUCCGAGGGAAAAAAAACUGAUUCAAACAUGUUAUUAAGUUGACUGAAGAAUGUGGGUUUAACCUCCAGCAGCUGACAAGUUUAUUACUGAAACGUGUUACACCUCAUUGCAUGAGUUGCAAUGAGUUGAGUGUGGUUUCUUUGAGGAAGACCUCACUGGAUUGAUCAAUUUCUGUAAUUGGUUUUUGUAUGAUCUCUUCAAAGGAGUGCAAUGGAAUUUAGUUUUUCUUUCCUAA